AUGAAGCGCCAAGCUGACGCUUCCACCACCGGCGAUGCCGUCGUCGGGCGCCGGGUAUCGGUGGGCGCCCACCGCGGCACCAUCCGAUAUGUCGGAAGCGUCCCGCCCACCGACGGCAUCUGGCUAGGCAUCGAAUGGGACGACCCGACCAGGGGCAAGCACGACGGCGUAGCCAGCGACGGAACCAGCUACUUCAACGUCAGAGUGCCAGGCAGCGGCUCCUUCCUCCGCCCGACCGCGUCCAAGCUAUCCUACGGCUCCUCGUUCCUCCAGGCGCUCCGGGCAAAGUACCUCUCCUCGCCCUCGACCGGCGACGGCAGCGCGCCGUCCAAGCAGCAGCACCACUACUCGCGCAGGAACCUGGCCGAAAUCGAAAUAGAGGCUCCCAACAUGCACGGCGUCAUACAGCGGACCGCACGCCUCGACCGCCUCCGCCAGGUCGGCCUCGGAGGCUGGAAGGCGCUGCGCGGCUCGGCAGCAAACGAAGAAGUCCAAGCCGUCGCGCUCGCAAUCGAUCCCCGGCUCGGCGAGCUGCCGGGCUCCAUACGCAGCACCUGUCCCAAUAUCCAAUGGCUCGAUCUGUCAAUGUCGCUUCUGCCAGACUGGGACCAGGUAGCCACCAUCGCAGCCGAACUCGACCGGCUAGAUUGCCUCAUCCUCAACUUUGUCCGCCUCGCUCCCGUGCCCCGACCUUCGCCGCCAACGCGCUGGGCCGCCGCCUUUGCGAGCAUCAAGGACCUCCGGCUCGACGGCACCAUGAUCGCCUGGGACGAGAUGCUCGCCCUCGCGCCUGCCCUGCCCUCCCUCGAGCUGCUGCAGCUCGGCCAGAAUCGGCUCACCUCUCUGGCCGCCUCCCGCGGCGACUCCGCAACGCCGACCGAUGGGGCAGGGCGCCUUCCCAACCUUCACACCCUCAUCCUCGAGGACAAUCUGCUCUGCUCCUGGGACGACGUCGUCGCCGCGCUCGCCCCCCUUCCAGCCCUUGAGAAUCUCUACCUCACCCGCAAUCUCAUCGCUGCCAUCCCGCGCUACAAGGCCGGCCCCGUGCUCCGCAGGCUCAAGCACGUUGGCCUUUGCAGGAAUCCGAUCGCGACCUGGGAGGACCUCGACAACCUCGAGAGCUGGUUCCCUUCCGACUGCACCCGCGCCAAGGGUCCAGCUAGCGACGCUGCUGGGGAUCGACACCAGGGCAGCGGCUUCAGCCUCAACCUCAUCCCUCUGAACGAGGCAGGAGAUGGGGCCGAUCCGGCUCAGCCUGACCGCCAUGUUUCGCCGCUGGUCAGCUCGUUUGCUGCGCACGACUUCCGCGCCAUUGCCGUUGCACGCCUGGCCGGCCUAGAGACUCUCGACCGCACACCCGUGACGGCCAGGGAGCGGCGGGAUGCAGAGCUCUACGUCUUUGGCAAAGUCGACGACGGGAGCCGCCUGACGACGCGGGGCGUCGCGGCUGCUUCCAGCUUAGGCUUAAAAGCGCAGGGCCCUCUAGGCAACAGUCAAGAGCCCAAUGGCGGAGUGGCAGUAGACGAGGAGGCCGUCGCUUUGACCAUGGAUCAGAAGCGGCUUGUGUUCCCGCGGUACGACGAGCUCAAGCGCAGAUUCAGCCCCGAUGCGGAACAAGUCGCAAGCCGAUCCGUCGAGCGCCAGUCAAUCGAAGUCGGGCAAAGCGGAGUCGCCGAGCCGACUGCGACCACGGCAACGAGGACAGCGUCCGACUCCGGCGCGGCAAAAGGAACGCUCAAGGCGAAGCUGGUCGAGGUGCGGGUCACGCGGAGCGCCGAAGAGCCCCGCCAGAAUGGAGGCCAAGAAGCAACGCCCGUCGCCGGUGACGGCGGGGACGGUGCCGCCCGACCCGUCAAGCUCAUCUCGUCGACGCCGCUGCGGCUGGCCAAGAUCAAGCUGGCUAAGGCCGUCUCGGCGCGUCCCACCCAGGUCCAGUCCCUCUGGGCCGUCCUAAGCGGUGCCGACGACUCGCACCAUGCUUCCACACCGGGCAGCGGCAGGCUGGUCGUCGAACUCGAUGACCUCUCCAAGGACCUGCUGUGGUACGGCAUCGGAAGCGGCGAUGAGAUCGUCGUCAUCGUCGCCGACACGGCGAGCUGA